AUGCCAUCAGCAACUGGCGCUCUAUCACCCGUCGAAGCUGCUCAAGCGACCCUCGACACCGGCGUACAACACCUUUCGGAACCCAUCCUCCUCGCCUUCGUCAAGAAUGUCUAUGGUGCUCUGCUCUUGUCUGCUGGCAGCCUCCUUGCCCAAAUUCUUAGCACUGGCAUUCCUGGUGUAUCUGAAGAAAACCCAGGAUUUCAAAGACUACUACAAGGCUUGGCUUUCCCACUAGGCCUGAUCUUCGUGUAUCUGGUUGGCGCAGAACUGUAUACUGGUUACCCGAUGUGGUAUAGCAUGACUAUGCUAGCUCGGCAAGGUUCACCACUGCAAUACCUUCGAUCUAUUGUUGUCGUUUGGUUGGGUAACCUGAUCGGUGCAUUAUUCUUUGCAUUCUGCUUCUCUUAUGCAACUGGAACACUUGAGCAGCAACCUUGGCAUAAAGGUGUGAUCGAUCACAUCAACGAGGAGAUUAUCGAAACCCCGUGGCAUCAGAUCUUCAUCCGCUCCAUUGCCUGCGGAUGGCUAGUCACCGUCGCCAUGUUCCUUGGCACCCAGAACCAAGAUGGCAUCUCAAAAGCCUUAGGACUUCAUCUGCCCUUCUUCGUGGCGACUGCUGCACAAUUUCCGCACACUGUCAAGUACAUGUACCUUGCAUCUACAGCGAUGAUGCUUGGCGCUCCUCUGUCGAUUGGUGGCUACAUCUGGAAAUGCCUCUUACCUAUUACACUGGGAAACACCAUAGGAGGAGGUGUCCUGACUGGAGCGUACCUCUACUACGUCAACAUACGGUGUGAAAAUACUCGGAAAGCUAAGCUCCAUAGACCUUUCCAAUCUCUGAACGACGAAAGCUACCAGGACUGA